UGACAAUGUUGUCACAGCAACGAUGUCCACCUAUAAACAAUCUGUGUUUGGGUUCACUGGACUUGCUGAGUUCUGAGGAUAAAGUAUGAAACGCACACUGGCAGCUGGACGGGAAACCUUAUGAGCAAUGCCAAGUGAAGAGCUUUGGGUUGGAUCUUGGAGGCCACACAGACCAAAGGGGCCUAUAGCUGCUCUUUAUGGGAGCCCAGGUCCCAAAUAUGCCCUACCUGGGCUCAUAGGUGCUUCGCAACAUGACCCUACCAAAUGUAAAGCACCAAUGUUUUCUUUUGGUGCCCGGCAUGAGGAAGCUAACACAAACUGCUCUCCUGGGCCAAGAUAUCUAAUCCCCUCCAACAUGACCAGGAAGGGCAGAAGUGGAACACCUGCAUUUUCACUUCUUGGUCGACCAAAGCAGCUACAACUGUCCCGAGUACCAGGACCAGGCCAAUAUUCCCCAGAGCGUUCUGGAAAGAUGACCAUUCGUUCAGCUCCUGCUUACUCUCUGUAUGGGAGGAGAAGAGAUCGCGGUAACACCCAAACGCCAGGUCCAGCCACCUACACUCUGCCACCCAUGCUGGGCUGUAAAACUGUGGUUGCAACUUCAGCACCCAACUACACACUUCAAGGCCGCAGUAGAACCGGAGGCUUUCAUGAAGACACUAACAAGACUCCGGGCCCUGCUGCCUAUAAAGUUGUGGACCCGUCUAUUUAUAGGCAGAAACCUCCACAAUACAGCAUAAAGGGCCGCAACUUUGCUCCUGAGGAAAACACAGAGAAACCAGGCCCAGGAGCCCACUAUCCUGAACGGGUUACCUUUACCAGAGCAAAAGCUCCCAGUUUCACCUUUGGACUGCGUCAUUCCCAAUACCUCGCUCCCCUUAUUGUAAACAUGGAUGAAUAAUGGCAGAAAGCUGGAUUUAGAUAAAAGAAAAAAAAAACAUUCAUGAUUAUUGGGAUCAUACUUCAUUAUUUUUGCCCAUUCAUGCUUUUUAUACUUUAAUAAUGUCAAAGAGUGGGUCACUUUAAUGUAGAGCAGUUAUAAUAAAAUAUCAGAAGAGCUAUUUUUACAAGACGCCACUGCAACAACACAUUAAAUUCAAUUUGAUGGAUUUUAAACUUUAGGUUUAAAAUAUUUAAUAAACAAAAUAAAACUGACAAAUACUGCAAA